CCAGCAUUGAAGUAGAUAAAGGCAUUGAAGUAGAUAAUGGCAUUAAAGUAGAUAAGGGCAUUGAAGUAGAUAAUAGCAUUGGAGCAGAUAACAGCAUUGAAGUAGAUAAUGGCAUUGAAGUAAAUAAUAGUAUUGAAAUAAAUAACAGUAUUGGAGUAGAUAAAUGCAUUGGAAAAAAUAAUGGCAUUGAA